AUGUCCCAGGAAGAGAAAGUGGAUGCUAAGGCAACCUUAAAGACUGAAAUUUCGAACAAUAAAAAGAACGACAAGCAAGAGCUCGAGCUGGAUGAACUUGUGGGUAAACUAUCUAUCGAGGGCACUCCACAGGUGUCGCAAAAGCUAAGCAAGGAGGAAAAACACGCUCAUCAACUUGAAGCUGACUCGCGUUCUAUCUUUGUCGGUAACAUCACUCCGGAUGUCACCCCAGAGCAAAUAGAAGAUCAUUUCAAAGACUGUGGCCAGAUAAAAAGAAUAACACUUCUUUAUGAUAGGAAUACGGGAACACCAAAAGGCUACGGCUAUAUUGAAUUUGAAAGUCCGGCAUACAGAGAAAAAGCCCUGCAAUUAAAUGGAGGAGAACUUAAAGGCAAAAAAAUUGCUGUCUCCAGAAAAAGAACUAACAUUCCAGGAUUUAAUAGGCAUUACAACUCGCAAAACCAGUAUUUCCAACAAUGGCAAUGGAAUUAUCCCUUAAUGGCCUACCCCAAUCCCGAUACCUUCCCUUAUUACCCACCGUACCCUCCAAAUCAGUCUCCAAAUCAAAAUUUCGGAUAUAAUAAGAACAAUUAUUAUAGGAGUCCUUACAAUAACAAGAAUAGAACCUUCCAAAAAAAACACUUCAACAGUGCCAAAGACUCUACAAAAAAUAUUAGAUCUACUUCCCAAAAACCUGUUGUCAUGCCGUCUGACAACGUUAAAAGUUCUACCCAAGAAAAAGAUUCGAAAUAA